AAACAUGAACCCGGAGGGGAUAGUUUUUGCAGGGGGGAUAGUAUUUGUUGUGACACCGCUACCGUUUGCUGUUUUUAUAUUUUGCUUCAGCGUAGGCGCAACAUUAAAAUACCGAGCGACUCAACAAUGGCUGAAGUGGAACCACAGGUCCAGUUUAAGCUGGUAUUGGUGGGUGAUGGAGGCACAGGGAAAACCACCUUUGUGAAGAGGCACUUAACAGGAGAGUUUGAGAAGAAAUAUGUUGCCACCCUGGGUGUGGAAGUACAUCCCCUGCUCUUUCACACAAACCGAGGGGCCAUCAAGUUCAACGUGUGGGACACAGCUGGCCAGGAGAAAUUUGGAGGGUUGAGAGAUGGCUACUACAUACAGGCUCAGUGUGCAAUCAUCAUGUUCGAUGUCACCUCAAGGGUAACAUACAAGAACGUACCCAACUGGCAUCGUGACCUGGUGCGCGUGUGUGAGAAUAUUCCCAUUGUGCUCUGUGGCAACAAGGUGGACAUCAAGGACCGUAAGGUCAAGGCUAAGAGCAUUGUCUUCCACCGCAAGAAGAACCUGCAGUACUAUGACAUCUCUGCUAAGAGCAACUACAACUUUGAGAAACCUUUCCUGUGGUUGGCACGGAAACUGAUAGGAGACCCCAACCUGGAGUUUGUUGCCAUGCCUGCCCUUGCCCCUCCAGAGGUCGCCAUGGACCCCUCCCUUGCUGCACAGUACGAGCAUGACCUCAAAAUGGCGUCAGAAACUGCACUGCCAGAUGAAGAUGAUGACCUCUAACCUGUGGCCCUGUGACCUCUCCCAGCAGUGUCUGUGGUUGGCCUGUAACCUUUUACUGUAAAAUCCCAUUGCAGAUUAAUUUUAUUUUGAAAAUUACUUUGUUCUUUUUCUUUUUUCUGUUUCUGGUAUUGACGCGUUUCAGUAUAUAUGAAGAUACUGCACAGUGCAACAGUGGGACUGCAGGUUGCAAUACAACAUCAGUCCUUCAACAAACAGUAUUGUACAUUACUGUCACAGAAAUGCAACUGAAAAUAGAACGACUAUGAGACAAACUUUGAAUAAAAACUGACUGAAUUCAAAA